AUGGCAAGUCUCGCAAAGGCGUAUUGUCACCAGAUGCACCACAGCAUCCCCUUCAACCAUUACCGACCUCUAAACCUUCAAAACUCGAUUUCUCUGUUCGCCAUCACAUCUCCUUCCCUUUCACCCACAGACCCAAACCCUCUUCACAACCCUAAUAACAAUAAACAGCCCCAAUUCGGCCAUUUCAUAAUCCCCACCGUCGCAGUCGCUGCUUCCGCGUGGUUCUUCCUGCGCCUCCACCAGAACCCGCCAAUCAUCACCGCUCCUACAGAUUCGCAUUUGCAGCAGCUGGAGUUGGAGGAAGAAGGCGCAAUCAGAGAGCUCCCUUUGCAGCACAAGCCUGCUUAUGUCAAGGCUCUUCACUUAUACAAAAUCAACCCAGGUACGGUCUUGAAACUGCUGGACGUGUACGACUCGGAUAACUACGAAUCCUUGAAAGCCCGGAUUCGCUUGUCGGCGGAUUGGCUGGAAACUGCGAGGAGGGAGCUGGAGGAGGUGGUGGAGAGAGACCCGGGUCGGGUCAUGGAGUACUCGCAGGUGGUGGAUGAGCUCAUGGAAAUUCUGAGGGAGAUGGAGGUUUAUAUAGAUAAAUGCGAAAAGGAGAGGGUUAAAGGAUACCUGAGAUCUUGCAAUCGCUUGCUUGCUCGUGUGAGGAGAAUGGAAGCUCAGAUUCUCCAUGUCCUUAGAGAGUUUCACGAAGGAGGAGAUACUUAG